CGUGGCUCAGUGGGCAUGGUGCUGAUGGGUUGGUGGUUGCAUUUGAUGAUCUUAGAAUUCUUUUCCAACAUCAGUGAUUCUAUGAAAUCUUUGUUUUCUUUCCUUCAAGCUUGCAGUCCUUUUAUUCAGACAGCAAGAUGUUACGCCAGACCUGUGAGAAGAAAGUUGAAAGACAUCCCCAGCCAUUUGGAUGAUCUCCCUCCAACAAUGUUGAAGAAAGAUUAUGCCAAUGUCCCAGUAAUAAAUAGUGUUGACGAUGUAGUGAAAAGAUUAUUGUCACUGGAAAUGGCAAACCAGAGGGAGAAAAUGAAGAUAAAGAUACAGCAGCUGGUAGAGAAGGUCAGGAGGUCUCCCAGUGACAAUGGCUCCUUUGAGGUGCAAACUGCCAUACUGACUGCCAAGAUACGCACUUUUGAGGAACAUCUUCAGAGGCAUCCCAAGGAUAAAAAUAACCGUCGUCGCAUGCUGAUGGCCAUGGAUCGCCGGAAUAAACUGCUUGCGUAUCUUCGCCGUGUCCGCUACGAUGUCUUUGAAAACACUUGCAAGCAGCUGAACAUCCAGUAUACACCACACCCUGCCUACUCCAGGAGGGUCACCAAGCGCUGGGUUGUUAAGAAGGCUUUCUGUGUCAAGGUUUUCCAGGAGGCACGGAAGCUGAAAGCAGCAGAAAGGCUGAAGGAGAGAAGAAAGUGGCAAGAGAGAGCCAGAGCUGCAAAGGAGAAGCAGGCACAAAGCGAGGGGACACCUGUAUAGCAGCACAUUGGGUCUGUGAUACAGCCAGCCUCUCCAAAAAUAAAGAGCUCCCAAAAGGCA